AUGAUAAAUCAAGAUAAAGGUCAAGGACGAUUUUUCGUUCAGACCAAAAGUGACAACAAUGCAGAUUUUGUCAGUCGUCAAAAAAAUGUUUUUGAAAAGCUUGACGCUGUCAUGAAAAGUAAUGAAUCUAGUAUAGCUAAACUCAAUGACAAUAAAAGGAGCCAUGGGAAUGAAGAAAAGGCCACCUUUAAGAGGCAGAAAUCAGAAACACGUCCAUUUCGUGGCCAAGAGAGUAUUUUUAAAAGACCCGAAACUCCUGCCCCCUCUAGAUUUCAAAAAAAUCUUCCAGACUUUCUGCGGCGCCCAGAUAAAUGGACCAAGUAUACUCUGAGUGAUGUUUCACAGGAUGAUAUGUCGGAUCAAAGUAAUACUGCUGCGGCAAUGUCUUUCUUAAGAGAAUUGAGAGCGAAAAAGGAAUCUCAAGACAUGGAUGUUGAUAGUGAAAAGCUCAGCAAACCUACUUUCAAAAAACCUCAAAGGAAGCGAGAGGUUUCUGAAGAUAAGUCCUCUUCUCAGAUUUUCAGGAGCUCUAAAGUCGUCAUGCCAGAAUAUGUUGUCGGAGAAAAGAAACCGUCAUCAAGUAAGAAACAGAAGGCAAAACCAGAAAAAGGCAAAGAAAUUAAACUUGAUCAUCUGGAUGAAGAAGAAGAUGAUGAAUUGUGUUAA